AAAGGCCACUAUCCCCAACUAGCAGCACCCUGUAAGCUGCUUCAGUCUCCAUCCUACUUGUUCCUCUGGUGAACUAGGUUAAUCAAAUUUACAAAAAGAUGCCUGAACUCCUGCAAAGCAUUGUCACUGUCAUCGAUAUUUUCUACCAAUAUGCCACCCAGGAUGAGGAGUGUGCCAAGCUGAACAAGGCAGAACUGAAAGAACUUUUGGAAAAUGAGUUUCAUCAAAUUCUGAAGAAUCCAGAUGAUCCAGACACUGUGGAUAUCAUCAUGCAAAGUCUGGAUCGAGAUCAUAACAGGAAAGUGGAUUUUACUGAAUAUCUUCUGAUGAUAUUCAGGCUGGCUCAGGCUUGUAAUAAAAUCAUCAGCAAAGAUUACUGCCAAGCUUCAGGGUCAAAGCAAAGAGACUACAGUCACUGGCACCAAGAGGAACAGAGUGAAACAGAAGAGGAGGACAAAGGGCAAGAAUCAUCUUCCAGUUAUUCAAGUUGGAGUGCAGGAGAAAAUGAUUCUAGUUCCAGGGGCUCUAGAGGAAGCAUUAAACACAGGUCUGGAUCAGGACAAUCUUCUAACCAUGGUCACCAAGAAUCUGGAUCUGGACAGUCUUCUAGCUGUGGACAAUAUGGUUCUGGCUCCGGUCAUUCUUCUAGGCAAAAACACUAUGAAUCCAACUCAGGUGGUCAUUCAGGGAGUUGUGGAAGACAAAACCAUGGCUCUGGAUCAGACCAAUCCUCUAAUUAUGGAAAAUAUGGGUCUGGCUAUAAUCAAUCUUCUGGUCAGAAAUACCAUGAGUCUAGCUUAGGAUCCAAUUUAGGUGAGUCAUCAAGCAGUGGAAAACAUGGAUCCGGGUCUGGUCAGUCUUCAGGCUUUACUCAACACGAGUCUACAUCAGGACAGACCUCCAGCUAUGGAAAACAUGGUUCAGGCUCAGGUCAGUCUUCAAGGGAUGGCCAAUAUGGAUCUGGAUCAGGUCAAUCUUCUGGCUUUGGGCAAGAUGGUUCUAGCUCAAGAGAAUCUUCUAGCUUUGGUCAGCAUGGAUCUAGCUUAGGUCAGUCAUCAACCCACGGACAACACGAAUCUGAAUAUGGUUCUAGCUAUGAAAAAUAUGGUUCUACUUCAGGUCAGUCCUCUGGCUUUGGACAACAAAGGUCUGGAUCAGGUCAGUCUAGCUAUAGCCAACACAGCUCAGGUUUAGGACAGUCUUCUAGCUAUAGCCAACAUGGGUCUGGAUCAGGUCAAUCUUCCAGCUACAGUCAACAUGGGUCUGGUUCAAGUCAGUUUUCUAGCCACAACCAACAUGGGUCUGGCUCAGAUCAGUCUUCUGGGUUUGAUCAGCAUAGAUCUGGCGUAGGUCAAUCAUCAAGGUGUGGACAGCAUGAAUCUAGAUAUAGUCAAACUUCUAGCCAAGGAAAACAUGGUUCUGCUUCAGGUCAGUCCUUCAGUUUUGGACAACAAGGGGCUGGAUUAAGUCAUUCUAGCUAUGGCCAACACAUAUCUGGCUCAGGUCAGUCUUCUGGCUUUAGUCAACGAGAGUCUGGCUCCAGAGAGUCUUGUGGCUUUAGUCAGCAUGGAUCUGGCUUAGGUCAGUCCUCUAGCUAUGAACAAUCAGGACAGUCAUCAAGCUAUAACCAACAUGGACCUAGAUCAGGUCAGUCUUCUAGCUAUGGAACUGGUUCAAGGCAGUCGUCUAGCUAUCACCAACAUAGGUCUGGAUCAGGCCAAUCUUUUAGCCACAGCCGACAUGGGUCCGGAUCAAGUCAGUCUUCUAGCCACAGCCAACAUGGGUCUGGCUCAGGUCAGUCUUCUAGUUUUGGUCAUGAUGGGUCUGCAUCAGGUCAGUCUUCUGGCUUUGGGCAACAUGGGUCUGGAUCAGGUCAGUCUUCUGGCCUUGGGCAACAUGGGUCUAGCUCAGGAGAGUCUUCUGGCUUUGAGCAUGGAUCUGGCUUAGGUCAAUCAUCAAGCUCUGGACAGCAUGAGUCUGGAUAUGGUCAAUCCUCUAGCUAUGGACAACAUGGUCCUAUUUCAGGACAGUCAUCAAGCUAUAGUCAGCAUGCAUCUGGAUCAGGUCAGUCUUCCAGCUAUGGCCAACAC